UGAAAAACGCGCCGGACUCGGACACGUACGUUAAUUAGCGCGGAUCAUUUAUAAAUUCUAGGCGGGUGCGCUUGCCUGAAAAAGUUUUGACUAACUGAAAAAGUUUCAGCUUAGCUUUGCCUGCGUGCACAGUACAGUGUGUAUUGGAUAACAUGACCAAGACUAACAAAGCAAAGGACAAGGACAAGAGCAGUGCAAUGCCGCGUGUGCCCAGCAAUUUGCUGGCGAGUGCUGCCAAAAUGAAGAUCACCAAAGCGUUGGUCAAUGCCAAAAAGCAAGCAGUGCAAAAAGGAGCGGGCGGCGACAAGGCAACAGGAUCAAAUGCAGCAGCGACAGCAGCAGCAACAGCCACAACCACAGCCACAGCAUACGGUCAAGCGCAACAGGCGUUCGCUGUGAAAGAGACGACAAUAGCGGCGCAGGAGAACGGCGACAGCGACAGCAACGACGCGCAUAAGCAGCAGCAACAACAACAAGCAGCGACGUCGACGUCGCCGUUGUCGCCGCUUGCCACAGCGAAUUUAUCGUCGACAUUUGAGUCGAAGGCUCACACAUCAGUUGCCAGCGAAACAGCGAAGCAAGCGGUUACCAGCGCAGCAACACCAACAGCAGCAGAAACAACGGCAACACCAACAACAACAAUCGCAAAUACUUAUGUUUAUGCUGAGAACAGCGUAAGGCAGCAGCCCAACAGUUGUGACGUCACUAGCAAAGUUGUGGCAGACGAAACGGCUAAUAACAAUCAAGAUAAAGUCGAGCCCAGAACUGAGAGUAAAACGAAGCUAGAUACAGAUGCAGCAGCAGCUACAAUAACAGCAAGCGAUAAAUAUUACAAAAUCGUUGAUAAGUGUAAAAGUGAGAUAAGUGAUGAAAACACAACAGCAACAACAACAACAGCAACAAUUUUGCCGGUAGUAGUGAUAAAUAAUAAUCAGCUAAGCGACGCGAGUGAAAGUGUUGACAACAAAAUCAAAAGUGAAACAAACGAGCAAGAACAAACAGCAACGGCAGCAGCAACAGUAACAACAACAACAGCAGCAUCCGAAUUGCCGCUACAUUAUCGCGGUCUAAACAACUCGGUGAUUAUAGCCAACUAUGCGCAUCAGCAGCAGCAGCAACAGCAGCAGCAUCAGCAUCAGCAGCAGCAUCAGCAGCAGCAACAGGCAGAGCAAGAACAAAUCUACGAGCAGCAACAGUUUUUACAGCAGCAGCUUUUAAAUCAACAGCAACAGGAGCAACAGCAGCAGCAGCAGCAACAACAACAACAACACGCCAGCUGGUUGGCCUACAACAAUUGCGCUUACGACUUAACCAGCAGCAGCGCAGCGGCAGCAGCAGCAGCGGCGGCAGCAACACAGCAGGAAAAGAGUGAAUUUUAUGCUUUGGCUGCCUCUCAGCAAUUGUUGGCGCAUUUUCCCUAUCACCACACGCAUUUGUACGAACAGCAGCAGCAGCAGCACAGCGCCAGCAGCACGGAUCCCAUAAUGCGCAACAACUUUACGCUGUACAGCGUUUAUGGUGGUGGCGGAGGAGGAGGCGGGGGCGCCGGCGGUGUCACGCCUACCACACACGAGCAACAUCAGCUGCAGCAACAUGUUGCCGCUGUGGCAGCAGCAGCCGCCAAUUCGGUAAUUGUCCACACAACACACACAACGCCCAACAUUGAUGAGGUCAUACAGGAUACGCUGAAGGAUGAGUGCUUCGACGAUAAUCACAGCUCGAGCUAUCACAUGCUCACCGCCGUCUCCGAUCUGCAGGUGCUUAAGGAGGCCAAUGCAGCCAUUUACUCCAUGACGCACGAUCAGUUGCUGCAACAGCAACAGCAGCAACAGCAGCAUCUGCAUCAGCAUCAGCAUCAACACCAUCAUCACCAUCAUCUAACGCAGCAGCUGCAGCAUCAUCAUCCCCAUACGCAGCAGCAUCACAACAACUCGGCCAGUUCGGUGGGCGGUGACUCGCCUUCGCCCUCCCACACACUCGCCGCACAUGCCAGCGAUGUGGCAACGCUGCAAAGCUUUACACAGCUUACAAGCGCGCCACCGAGCAGCGGGCUGCAUCGCGACAGCUACGGCAGCCUCUCGCCGGACCACGGCAGCUAUUUCUCUACACAGCUCAGCCCGGUGCUGCAGACCAGCUCUGUCUAUGCAAGUCCUCUGCUCGCAUCGGCCGCCAAUGGCAUGCAGUAUGGCAUGCAAACAAUUGCCUCGCCGACCCACACACACGCCCAGCUGCAGCAGCAACAUCACCAAAACCAGCAGCAGCAACAUCAGCAACAGCAGCAGCAGCAGCAGCAACAACAUCAUCAGCAUCACAAUUCCACCAGCAGCAGUCCUGGCCCAGUGGGUCUGCACCACACGAGCGGCUCGGCGGUUGGGCACAGCUCGCUGCUGGACGACGGCUACGGAUCGCCCAAAAGCAGCCACAGUGGCAACGGCGGCGGUGGCACCUUGCCCGCCUUUCAGCGCAUCGCGCCGGCCAGCGGCGGUGCCGGCUAUGGCAACGGCGUGGCCAAUGGCUCUGGCAGCGGCGCCGAACGGGCUUCUGGCUACGCAUCGCUGGCCAAUUACCGCACACACCAGGCCGAUGGUUGGAGUGGUCAUUACGAACCAAUUAGCUACGCGCCCAAUGCCACCGGUCAGGGGGGGCAAUUGGGUGGCAGCGGUGCAGCCGCUACCAAUGUGAUAUGCAAUCGACGCGCCGUUGCUGCCGCCGCUGCGGCCGCAGCCGCUGUCGAUGGUGCCGCCAACGCCGUUGAUCCUGCCCGCUUCCUGGCCAAUGCCGCUCAUCUGUCUGCUUCGGCAUCGCUAACAGCAAUGGCCGCUGAAUCAGGCGGGGAUUUCUAUAAGACCUUCCCAUUUAACGUGACCACCGGUAGCCGCAGUAAGGGCUCCACAAAUGCCAACAGCGCUGCCGGUUCCGGCGCAGGCUCAACGUCAGCGACGACGUCGUCAGUGACUUCAACGGCGCUCGACGAGCACGUUAGUCGCGCCAAUUCGAGACGCUUGAGCGCCUCCAGACGUGCUGGCAUGUCCUGCUCCAAUUGCCAGACGAGCUACACAUCACUGUGGCGCCGCAAUCCAGGUGGCGAGCCCGUCUGCAAUGCCUGCGGCCUCUACUACAAGCUGCACAAUGUGGUGCGUCCGCUGACCAUGAAGAAGGACACCAUACAGAAACGCAAACGCAAGCCGAAGGGCACCAAGAGCGAAAAGUCCAAGAAGAUGAGAACCACGCAGGCGGCUGGAUUGGUGGCCAGCAACAAUGCCAAUGCCAAUGCCUGCCACAAUGUAAGCAUGCAGCUGGAGGGGCAUGGUCAGCAAAUGGAUGUCAAUGAUGAAAUGAAACCACUUGCAUAUAUGUCAUACGCAUCGCAGCAACAGCUACAGCAGCAACAACUAAACACUGAGCAACAUUCAUCAGCGGCCAGCUCGCCGCAAAGCAUGGCAUCGUCCUCAUUAUCACCCAAUGCAACAUCUCAACAGCAGCAACAGCAACAGCAGCAACAGCAGCACCAGCAGCUAUGCGCUGGCCUGGACAUGUCGCCCACAUCCUCCUAUCAAAUGUCGCCCAUUAACAUGCAACAGCAGCAGCAGCAACAACAGCAGCAGCAAUCAUGCAGCAUGCAACAUUCACCUAGCACGCCCACAUCAGCCAUGUCACAGUCCAUUUAUUCCACGCCAUCGCCUACGCAGCUUCAUAGCAACAACAAUAAUAGCAGCAACAACAACAACAACACAUUGUUCAAUCAUAACAACAACAACAACAAUAGCAAUAGCAAUGAGAAUAACAAACAAAUUAUACAGAAAUAUCUGCAAGCUCAACAAUUGAACAACAACAGCAGCAGCGAUCAGCAAUUGUUGGCACAGCAGCAACUUAUGCACCUGAUGCCGAACUCCAUUACGGCAGCAACAGCAGCAGCUGCAGCAGCGGCAGCGGCGGCGGCGGCAAUCAGCACAGCGAUCAAAUCGGAGGCGGUCACCAACACGACCAACACCAGCAACAGCAACAGCAUCAGCAGCAAGCAAUUAGCUGCCACAACAACAGCAACAACACCGACCGCGGCAUCGAACACACUAUCCUCUCUGAGUCACAACAGCAGCAACAUUAUCAGCCUGCAAAGUCCCUAUCAACAGCAGGCGCUUGGUCAGACGGAGAUGCCCUUGUGUAAAUCGGCACUGAGCGGUCGCAGCUCAUCGCCCUACUAUAUAAAUCAUCUAGCCGAGGAGGAGCAGGCGGCCAUUAUUAAACUGGAGCAGUUGGAUCACCAGCAGCACCAGCAACAGCAGCAGCAACAGCAGCACCAACACCAACAGCAGCAGCAUCAGCAACACGAUGAAAUGUUGCUCAGUCGCUCAACUUCCAUCGAUGAGCACUACGAGCUGGCCGCCUAUCAUCGACAGCAGCAACAGCAACAGCAGCUACAGCAACACACACUGCAGCAACAUGUUGCACUCAGUCAGCACGAGCAACAGAUUGCCAGCUAUGCGCUUCACGCAGCCGCACAGCAGCAAUUGCACGAAUUUGGACGCAAAUAUGGCGUUGAGCGCGAGACAAUUGUCAAAAUGGAAUAAUGCCAGCCGAUUCUGAACAGACACGCAUUGUCAUGACCAAAGAUAUUGUUGUUAUACACAUAAAUCUCACAGCUCCAAAGAAAUUUAAAUCCAUUUUAGCCUAGGCAUUCGAAUUGCGUUUAUCAAAAGUUCUCAAAGAACUUGCAACAGCAACACGCAAACACACACACACAUUCGUUUUGUAUAUACAUUUAAGCAAAUUUAUGUGACAUUUCCAUAAGGUAUAGAAAGGUCCCCACUACUCGAGUUUUGUUAUUGUAAAAUUUAGUUUAAUUUUUUAGCGAAAUGUCUCUGCAGCAUAAAACAUACUUGUUGUUGGAUUUUUGUUGUUAUACCCAAUACUAUAUUUUCUAUUAUGAAUAUGUAUAGCACACUUGAGAUUUCUUACCAUCAAAUUCCACUUAGUUUCUUAAGCUAUAUUCAUUAAUCAGCAAUAAUGAAAAUAUCAAAUAAAACAAUAAUCUCAUGCAAUUUUAGUUAAUAAUUUAUACAUUUUACAUACAGAAAUACAAUA